AUGGGUCUCGAGGCGACUGUUAUCAUCUGCGACAACAGCGAGAGCGCGCGCAAUGGAGACUAUCUGCCCAGUCGAUGGGAGGCGCAGGUAGAUGCUGUCAGCCUCAUCUUCAACUCCAAGACGGCGGCAAAUGCAGAAUCCAGUGUUGGUCUCAUGUCCAUGGGCGGUUCUGGUCCCGAAGUCCUUACAACCCUCACCACAAACUUUGGCCAAGUGCUUGACGGUCUGCACCGGACAAAGGUCAAGGGUGCAUCUCACUUGUACACGGGAAUCAUGAUCGCAUCGCUCGCUCUCAAGCACCGCCAAAACAAAUCGCAACGCCAACGAAUCAUCGUAUUCACUUGCUCGCCCAUCACCGAGAGCACCGCCACCCUCACAAAGCUCGCCAAGCGUAUGAAGAAGAACAACACCUCGAUUGAUAUCAUUGCGUUUGGUGACCUCACAGAAGAGAACCUUGACAAGCUACGCGCAUUCAACGAGGCUGUCAAGUCCAACGAGGGUUCACAUCUGGAGAUCGUACAUCCCGGUCCCAAUCUACUCUCUGACAGCAUCGUGGCGAGUCCAAUUCUGGCAGGUGAAGGCGGAGCGGCAAACGCAGGUGCCGGCGCAGGAGGCGAUGGAGGCGGUGCAGGUGGCGACUUUGAGUUCGGUGUGGACCCCAAUAUGGACCCGGAGCUGGCGCUUGUGCUACGGAUGAGUAUGGAGGAGGAGCGGGAGCGACAGGAGAGGGAGAAGAAGGCACGAGACGAGGCCGAGGGCAAGACAGAGCUGGAGAGUGUACCCGAAGGCAAGGAGGAGAGCGGGGAGAAUCAGCCAUUGCUGGACAAGAGCGGAGAGGGAGGCUCGAGUAAGAAGGACGAUAAGAAGGACGACGAUAAGAUGGAUACUGCCUGA